AAGGGUUAUCAUUUCUCUCGCUCGUCUUCCACUCGGGGUUUUAGAGUGCAUCCCAAAACCCUAACCAUGGCGACUCAGCUCUUCACCCGCUCCCUCCUCCUCUCCAAGCCUAAGCAAGCCCUCGCCUACCUCCUCUCUCGCUCCCUCUCCUUCUCCUCCGCGCCCGCCUCCGCUCCUCGCUCCCCUCUCUCCCUCUCCGCCAUCCUCCGCCCUCUCUCCGCGGCCUCCGCCGAGUUCCGCCACCGCGUCGCCGUGGCUUCGUCCGCCCGCUCCUUCGCGACGAGGUCGACCCAUUCGUCGCUCAACGAUCCGAACCCCAACUGGUCGAACCGCCCCCCGAAGGAGACGAUACUUCUGGACGGUUGCGACUUUGAGCACUGGCUCGUCGUGAUGGAGAAGCCGGAGGGUGAUCCUACUAGGGAUGAGAUCAUCGAUAGUUACAUUAAGACGCUUGCACAGGUUGUUGGAAGUGUAGAAGAAGCCAGAAUGAAGAUCUACUCAGUUUCAACAAGGCACUACUUUGCAUUUGGAGCCCUUGUAUCUGAAGAGCUUUCUUACAAACUCAAGGAUCUACCUAGAGUUCGAUGGGUUCUUCCUGAUUCAUACCUGGAUGUCAGGAAUAAGGAUUAUGGGGGCGAACCUUUUAUUAACGGGCAGGCAGUUCCUUAUGACCCCAAGUAUCAUGAAGAAUGGGUGAGAAAUAAUGCUCGGGCUAAUGAGAGGAAUAGGCGUAAUGAUCGACCCCGUAAUUUUGACAGAUCGAGAAACUUUGAUAGGAGGAGAGAAAAUAUGCAGAAUAGAGAUUUCCAAGCAAGGGACAUGCCACCUUUGCAGAACCAGGGGAUGCAAAACCCUCCGCCUCAAGGCAACAUGCCCCCACCAAAUAUGGGCGGUGGAAUGCCCCCACCAGGCAACUUCGGCGGGGUGUCUCCUCACAACCAAGGUGGAAUGCCCCCACCAAGCAACUUUGGCGGAAUGCCUCCGCACAACCAAGGUGGAAUGCCCCCAAGCAACUACGGCGGGAUGCCUCCACGUAACCAGGAUGGAAUGCCCCCAAACAACUUCGGUGGGAUGCCCCCGAACAUGGGUGGGAUGCCGCCCCAAAACAACAUGGGUGGGAUGCAGCACCAAAACAUGGGCGGAAUGCCACCCCAAAACAACAUUGGUGGGCCACCGCGACAUAACAUGGGCGAGAUGCCAUCACAGAGCAAUAUGGGAGGGAUGCCUCAUGGCAAUACGGGUGGAAUGCCGCCGCAAGACAUGGGGGCUGCUCCAAAGAUGGAAGGUUAUUCACAGAAUCAAGGAUGGUCCAAUACCACGCCUCAAAGGGAUGCCGGGACUAUGCCAAACUAUCAGAGCCAGAACUACACUGCUAGCAGGGACCCGUCAACUGUACCGGGUGGAAAUGCUUAUUAGGUAUAGAAUGUUGGCCGAGAGAACUCAGUUCGCCGACCAUGGGAUUUUGUUGUAUAGCUAAAACGGAUGAACCUGCCUGAUGCAUGCUUUAUUUCGUGCUCUUAAACUUCCAAUUACAUUUAUUCUGUCUGGAUUGGUGCAUGAGCCUAGUAUUGGUAAGGUUUUAGAUUGCAGUGCUGUGUAAUCAACGACGCUGCGUCGAGAGACUAGGAGAUGACUGUGGUCAUGUGGUGUCUCCAUUGCACUUUUGCAGUUGAAUAGUAUGUCUGGACUUUUCAUCUCAUGCAAUUGAACUUCUCUUUGCUCGGA